AUGUCUAGCAGGGCCGGAGGUCUCUACGGAGGGAUCCAGUUCUCAUCUGCCAAACCUUUUGCGAACCCCUCGGAAGACCCAGCUGAAGACCAGCCCCUACCGCAACCUCCAUCGGUACAGCUCGUCUCGACCCCCACGCCCUCGAUCGUCCCACAAAGCACCAGGGGAGCGGUCUCAGCGGCCCCCACGGCUCCAGCCCAGGCUCAAAAUCCCGCUGCGAGCGGCAGCGGCCCCAGCGCAGACGCGCCCGCGAAAGCCACAGCCGGCUGGUCCGCCGCGCUCGUCUUCGCGCCUACGCGUCGACAGGCGGCCAAGGCCAAGCCCCAGGCGCCUCGUCUUCCGGUCGGGGCCGCGAUGGCGGGCGGCGCCGCACCCACGCCCGCUGCGCUGUCGAGCACGGCCGUGGUGUUUGCGCCGCCGUCGCUCGUGGACCCGAAGGAGAAGGCCAAGGAGAACAGCGCCAGCGACGCGCAGCAGCAGCAGCAGCAAGGCAGCCAGGGAUGGGGCCGCAAGGUGAAGCCCCCGUCGAUGAUCCUCGACGAAGACGUGAAUGGCUUCAAGACCGGACUCAAGGGCGGCCGGAGGGACGGCCCCGGCGGCGGCGGAGGGGUGGCGGGUGGCGGGAAGAAAAAGGGCAAGAAGAACAAGAGCGCGCUCCAGCAGGCGGCGGUGUGGAACCCGGACGAGGCGUACGACCCGAUGCGCCCGAACGACUACAACGAGUGCAAGACAUGGCAGCGGCGGGAGCGGGAGGAGCGUAGGGAGCGGCUGCUGGAGGAGAAACGGCGGGGAGAGGACAGGAAGCGGUACCGGCGGAGCAGCAGUUACUCGGACAGCUAUCACAGCGCAUCGGAGGAGGAGAGGCCGCGAAAGACCGGACGAUAUGAAGAUCGGAGCAGGAACGAGCAGGAGGAGUACGGGCGCCCUGUUGGAAUCGGUGCUGCCAGCAUGUCUGUUGUUGCUGUCGACGCCACGAUGACGGGAGACGAGGCGUACCAGCGCCGUCUCGCCAUGUCGCAGGGCUUGCAGGCUCUCAGCCCUCCACGUCGACAUUCACACCCUCGGCUUCCUCCCUCAGUGAUACUGCCGCACGCUGGCCGAUCUGGCGAAGAUGCCUACCUGGCGCGUCUCGCCAUGAUACCGCAAGGCAAUCCUCCAGUUACUCGGGAGCCUAGCCCCCUUCCGUUCGAGGAGGCUCUCCCUCCGCGCGCCCAGGCCCCCAUUCUCGUCCCGCCUCCCGCCGCGCCAGCUCCCGCUGUUCCUUCGCAACAGAAAAUAGAGAGCAGCAAGCUCGCAGCAGCGGCCAUCGCCGCGCGUCUGAGUGCGCUGGCUCCGAAAGGCACGGGUCCCCCGCUGCCCACCGGCCCGGAGGCUGCGUCGUCCGCGGAGCCCACGAAACGGCCGGAUCCUCACGGGUUCGCGCAAAGGCUCAUGGCGAAGUGGGGGCACAAGGAGGGCCAGGGCCUCGGCGUCGACGGCUCCGGGAUCGUGCACGCGCUCACCGUCGAGCAGGUCAGCGGUGGCGCAAAGGGCAAGAGCAAGGGCAAGGGCAAGGGAAGCAAGGGCGCGCACUUCGGCCCCGCGGCGGGAGGGGGCGCGGCAGGCGCCGCCGCGGCGAAGAUGGGACGAAUCGUGAACAUGAACGAGGACGCGAAGGCGCGGGAGGACCGCGCGCGGUUCGGAGAGCCGAGCCGCGUGAUGGUGCUCACGAACAUGGUCGACCUCGAGGACGUGGACGACGAGGAGCUCCGCGGGGAGAUCGGCGACGAGUGCGCGAAGAACGGAACCGUGGAGCCCCCGGCGGAUCGGGAAGAGGACGCGGUGCGCGUGUUCGUCUGUUUCGGCGGGCCCGUCGGGGCGUGGAAGACGGUGCGGGAGAUGGACGGCCGGUUCUUCGGGGGCGGGCGUGCAGACAACAAGGCAUGGCUACAGCAGGGGAACAAGCCCGUCAAGGUACGUAGGCUCCAAGACGACGAGAGAACAAACAAAUCCCGAGCCACUCAGAUCGCGAUCGUGAACCUGUUUCCAAGUACCGCAUCCUCGCUGACACAUCAUAAGUCCUGGAUCAGAUCCUGUUUGUCCUCCGCGUAA